UUCAAUCUAUUACAUAGAAAAUUAAAAUGCCUCCCAAAGUUAGUGGAAAAGCAGCAAAAAAGGCCGGCAAAGCUCAGAAGAACAUUGUUAAAGGAGAUAAAAAGAAAAAACGCAAGAGGAAGGAGAGCUAUGCCAUUUACAUCUACAAAGUUUUGAAGCAGGUCCAUCCCGACACUGGCAUCUCCUCCAAAGCCAUGACGAUUAUGAACAGCUUCGUCAACGAUAUUUUCGAGCGCAUUGCUGGAGAAUCUUCCCGCCUUGCUCACUAUAACAAGAGAUCUACCAUCACGAGCCGUGAAAUUCAAACGGCUGUGCGUUUACUAUUGCCGGGAGAAUUGGCCAAACACGCCGUGUCUGAGGGCACUAAAGCUGUGACCAAGUACACCAGCACUAAGUAGAUCGUUUCUCCUGGUUACUAUCGUUUACUCCUGAUACUAAAACGGCCCUUUUCAGGGCCACCAACUUGUUAAAGAGCUAGAAUAUGCUGCACUCUACUGUUAAGUCUAACCAUUUUUUGCUACGAUUUUGAUGAGACCAUUUCUCUUGGGACAGUGUCAUGGGCAGAUUGGACGAAAUGUUUUAAUUGGCGACAAUCUUACAACAAAUUAAAAUAUAAUGAGCUAAACAUGAUUCCUCAUUGACACUCGUCCUCGAUACUUACCUAACUCAUGUAGGUGUAUGUACUGUGGACCUUGUCCAAACUUAGAAGGGUAGUCUUAAGUUUAUGCAGUCAAUUAUUUUAAAAAAUUAGACUUAAUGUAGCACGAGUGGCACUCAGGUGGAAGAAUUCAUCCCAUGCAGGAUAAGAAACGGAGUCAGCUGUCGUAGAAAACCAUUGGUGGUGGCGGGGGGAAACUUAUUUUUGAAGGAGAUUCAAGGACAAUGAUUCACAAGAGAGUUCAAGAAUAGAGGCAGGGAACGAAAAUUUAGAAACAUAAAUAAUGUACGAAUGAUCGGUUACCAAAGGGCCAAGCAAGAAUUAAUAAAGAAUGUUGCAUAAUCGACUGACGACUGAAAUUGAGAACACUGCACCCCUAAUAAUUUUUUUCUGAAGCGUUCUUUCCUCUGUAAACUUCAAGCCUAUUUGAUGCCUAUGUGGGACACACUUCCAAAUAAGUCUAUCCAUAGAUGUUAUGGGUUGCAAAUCCCUUCAGAGUAAUCAUUGAUGUAGGCUUUCAUUUACUCAAUUUUCAAAGGAUCCUAACUUUGUUUUUUUGUGCAUAAUGUAACUGUUCGUUUAUUAAGAGCAUAAGGCUUGAAAUGUUAAAGCAUACCUAGUGGCAAUAUCAUAAAGCCGGAGAAGCACGUAUGCGUGUUUCAGUCGUUUACUUAAAGAGUUGACGUUAUUAACUGUCUGAAAAAUAUCUGAUUAAUUAAUGAAUUAGUACAAGGGAAAUGACUGAAAACCGAAAUUGUAAAUAGCUACAACCCCUAAGCAAUGUGGGGCAG